CGAUAGGUGGUUCGGUCCAGUGUCAUUAGUUCUCUUUAGUGUUUGCCAAUGUUGGAGGUCUGGCCGCGGACUGAGAUAUAGAGCAUGGCUCAAGUAAAAGUGCAGACCUCAGCGCACGCCGUGCCCUCCAUCAACGGCACUGUGCCCACCGUCCCACCAGCUCCUCCCCAGGAUAACAUGGCAAACCCUAAAGAGAAAACUCCGAUGUGUCUGGUGAAUGAGUUAGCCCGUUUCAACCGGAUCCAGCCGCAGUACAAACUGCUGAACGAGCGGGGGCCUGCGCACGCCAAGAUCUUCACUGUACAGUUGUGUUUAGGUGAGCAGAUGUGGGAAGCUGAAGGCUCCAGCAUUAAGAAAGCUCAGCACUUGACAGCCAAUAAAGCGCUGGCAGAAUGCACGCUGCCCUGCCCCCCGCCACGCAUCACUAAACCAGACACACACACCAAUCCAGGCAGCAUCACCCCCACUGUGGAGCUGAAUGGAUUGGCGAUGAAGCGAGGAGAACCUGCCAUCUACAGGCCGCUGGAACCCAGAACCCCCCACAGGGCCAACUACAACUUCAGAGGAAUAUUCAAUCAGAGGUAUCACUCUACGGUCCCCAGGGUGUUCUACGUGCAGCUGACUGUAGGCAGUAAUGAUUUUUAUGGUGAAGGUCGAACACGUCAAGCAGCUCGGCACAACGCAGCCAUGAAAGCUUUGCAGGCGCUGAGAAAUGAACCCAUUCCAGAAAAGCAACUUCAGAGUCUGGAGGACAAAAAAGGCUCAGAGGAGGAGAGCGACGCAAAUAAAUCUGAAAUCAGCCUGGUGUAUGAGAUUGCACUGAAGAGGAACAUGCCUGUGAAUUUUGAGGUGCUGAAGGAGAGUGGCCCGCCCCACAUGAAGAGCUUCCUGACCCGUGUGACGGUGGGCGAGUUCUCCGCUGAGGGUGAGGGCAACAGCAAGAAGCUGUCGAAGAAGCGUGCAGCUUCCUCCAUCCUGCAGGAGCUGAAGAAGCUGCCCUUCAUCCCUGUAGUGGAGAAGCCCAAAGUGCACUACAAGAAACGGCCCAAGACCAUACUGAAGGCUGGCCCAGAGUAUGGUCAGGGCAUGAACCCCAUCAGCCGACUCGCUCAGAUCCAGCAGGCUAAACGUGAGAAAGAGCCCGAGUACACACUGCUGUCCGAGAGAGGCUUGCCACGCCGUCGAGAGUUCAUCAUGCAGGUGAAGGUGGGUGAUGAAGUGACCUCAGGAACAGGGUCGAAUAAGAAAGUCGCUAAACGUGCAGCUGCAGAGGCAAUGCUGCUCCAUCUGGGAUACAAAGCCUCCACGCCUAUUCAGAACACACAGGAGAAGCCACACAUGGACAACAAAAGCUGGAAUGGACAAAGAGCCACUUUCCCUGAAGCCAGCACUAACACGCAGAAAGGAAUCCUCCACCUCUCUCCGGACGUGUAUCAGGAGAUGGAGGCCAGCAGGAAUAAAGGUGCCACUGUGCCCUCGGUCACCCCCAUGACCCCUGUGACCUAUAUGAACCCUAAAGAAGUGAGCGUGGCACCGUUUUACAACAGCAGCGCCUCAAAGACAGCCGCCAUGGCACGGGAGCUGCUGAACAAAACGCCAAAAACACCCACCAUCCCCUGCAGUUCCGUUCAGCCAUCGCAGCAGCUCGAGUACCUCGCUCACAUUCAGGGCUUCCAGGUGCAGUAUACGGACAGACAGACGGACACAGAGUUUGUGACAUAUCUCACUCUCUCACCCGUUCAGAUGACGUUCCACGGCAUUGGGAGCUCCAUACAGGCCAGCCAUGACCAGGCGGCUCUGAGUGCCUUGAAGCAGCUUUCCGAGCAGGGACUUGACCCAGUGGAUGGAGGAGUCAAGGUGGAGAAUGGACCCUGUGAAAUAUCAGUCAAGCAUCCGGACGGGAAACAGACUAACUCAGUCUCUCAGGACUGCGCAGAUCCAAACGCUGUCGCGUAGGGAACCGAGUCUACGCGAACGCCGCAGGAUCCUUUAGAACAUCGACACACAACAGGGUGGAUGUGUCUUGACAACAUGACGUAGAACAACACACACUCGCUCUCAGUCUAUGUGAAGACAACACUAUCUUAACCUUUAGUUAAUAUGGAAAAUUUAACUUGCUAACAAAUGUUGAAAAAAAAAAAAAACAAAAACAAAAGAAAGAAACCAAACUAAAAAAGAAGAACUAACGUGAUAAUGAGUUAAUGCAUGGUACUGUGUUGACUUUAAGGGAAAUCUAAGUAUUACACAUUUCCCUGAUUGAUAGAUGUUUUUGUUGUUUUUUUGUUUUUUUUUUUACAUUUUAGUCUCUUAUGGAUCAAGCAGGUGUGUAUCAUGCCAUGAAAUGAAAUGAAAAGUAAAUGAAUUUCUGUAAUUGGUGUGGGGGAGGGAGGGGGGGGGGGUUACAUACCUUAUUUUCUUUCUCUAUAGCAGUGCAUAAGUGCGUGAAGAUUAACAGACGAUGGCAGUGCUGUAAAAGUUGUAGUUGUUGUCUUCAUAUAUAAUCACUCAGCUUAGCGUUUAUGCUGAUGUUCAUGUAUCUGUACGGAUGUGUACAAGUAUCACACGAAGGAGAAGAAAAAAAAAAUAAGUGAACAAACCGACAGAGACAGAAUUAGCUGAUCACUUUCACCUUUCACCUAAACAUUCAUUCCAACACAGUCUCCAUCUUCCUGCUCAGAACCUCAGAUUAUUCAGACAAACCCCAACUACUCUUUAAAUAUGUAACCAGGCUUACCCUGACCUCGCCCUGCCCCACACCCUGAUCCUGUUCCACACCCUGAACCCACCUCUGCCCACACCCUGACCUCGCCCUGCCCCACACCCUGAUCCUGUUCCACACCCUGAACCCACCUCUGCCCACACCCUGACCUCGCCCUGCCCCACACCCUGAUCCUGUUCCACACCCUGAACCCACCUCUGCCCACACCCUGACCUCGCCCUGCCCCACACCCUGAUCCUGUUCCACACCCUGAACCCACCUCUGCCCACACCCUGACCUCGCCCUGCCCCACACCCUGAUCCUGUUCCACACCCUGAACCCACCUCUGCCCACACCCUGACCUCGCCCUGCCCCACACCCUGAUCCUGUUCCACACCCUGAACCCACCUCUGCCCACACCCUGACCUCGCCCUGCCCCACACCCUGAUCCUGUUCCACACCCUGAACUCACCUCUGCCCACACUUGACCCUGCUCCACACCCUGAACUCAUCUCUGCCAACACCCUGACCCCGCCCUGCCCCACACCCUGAUCCUGUUCCACACCCUGAACCCACCUCUGCCCACACCCUAACCUCGCCCUGCCCCACACCCUGAUCCUGUUCCACACCCUGAACCCACCUCUGCCCACACCCUGAUCCUGUUCCACACCCUGAACUCACCUCUGCAUACACUUGACCCUGCUCCACACCAUUGAACUCAUCUCUGCCAACACCCUGACCCCACCCUGCCCCACACCCUGACCCUGUUCCACACCCUGAACUCAUCUCUGCCCACACCUUGACCUUUGCUCCACACCCUGAACUCACCUCUGCCCACACCUUGACCUUUGCUCCACACCCUGAACUCACCUUUUCCCACACUCUGACCCUGCCCUUCUCCACACUUUGACCCUGCCCCACACCCUGCACUUGCCCCACAACUUGAUCCUGCACCUCCAUACCCUGAUCCUGCUGCAGACCCUGACCUCCCUCUAAUUGCCCAUCAGCACCACACCCUGCCCCUGUCUUUGGCCUACACCUGUUCUACAUCCUGAUCACAUCCACACCAGUCAUUACCAGUUGUAAACGUUCCUACACAAAACCUUCUGUGAGUUGGACGAGAUGAGUGCUAAUUCUGUUUCUGUGUCUUCUCCCAGCACAUCUACACCUUAAACGCUGUGUGUUGUAUCGACUUAAUGCAUCAACUGAGUGCUUUUAAUAACUGCAUUCUGGAGGAGUUUAGUAAAGAGAGCCUGCAUAGCUUCUCCUUCCGAACAGCUCAAUUACUUGAAUCUUUAUGUUUCCCAACAGCAUUUUCUCUUUAAAUGUUUAAAUGUUGAGUUAAGGAAAUGCAGUAAAAUCACAUCAGUUUAUGUUGAAAA